GGAAUCUAUUUUACGGAAAUAACUGUCUUAGAAUGUGCUCGAGAUGCUCGAGUGAAAUUUGAAAUAAAUUCGAUCCCGGGAUUUUGCGGCAACAGAAUGGUAGUUGAAGUGAGAGUGCAAUGAAACGCAUUCAGUGAAAUUCGGAUUAAAAUGCUCUCACCUGUGCAAAUUUCUCUUGUAUAAAAUUAUUACGCGAAUACGAGUGGAACAUUGCAGCGUGUUUCUGGUAUUUAAAAAAGACCGAUCGAAAUACGAGAGAAAAUAUAUCUGCGAAAUAUUCGGGGUGCGAUAAAGUGGAAGGUUUCUCGGGUUUCGAAUGUGAUAAACUUUAUGCGAUAUUUGGGAAACGGAUAUGCUUUGGAUGCCUCUGAGAUUUUUGAAGGUGCUUGAAUUUGAAUCGAGUACGUUCAAUAUAACGUUCAAGAGAGAUAUUUCUGCGGUGAUGCGUAAAUGUGUCAGCAAAAAUCCGCAUUAAAGCUUCAUGUUCUCUCUAAUACCGAUAAGCUUCGCACGAGUACGAAUCUUCCGGUUUUAAGUGAUAUACUUGAAUGCGAAAGCUCGCUCGUGAAUUUACCUCAAAAAGUGGCGCGAACUCUCCGGGUUUCGCGUAUAAAAAUAUGAUUUUUAUUUAUAGUGACAUGCACGCUUGACAAAACUGUGCAUUUGGACAUUCAAUUUUUACCGAAAAACCAACGAGAGUUAUGAAUAGAUCAUAGACCGCAGAUGUUUGCUUCUGUCACUAGGUAACAAUCACAGAAAAAAAUUUUAACAAAUUAAGAGAGCUCCAGUGACGCAAUUUUGAUGUACGGUCGAACGUAAAGUAUUUUAAAUCCAUGUAUAUAACUAGAGACAUUAAAAAUUGAAAAUCAAAUUGAGAAUCAAAGACGGUUGAAAAAGGUAUACCUAAUAUUUCUGUAAAGAGAAUAAAAUUUGUAAGAAUAGGUUGUGUCGGAAAGACAUAAUCAAAUAAAAUCUAAAUUGUAUUAAUAUUUGAAUCAUCAGUAAUUUUCGUUUGUAAACAUUACGACAAAGAAUCUAAUCAAUUUUUAAAGAGCGUAAAGGAUACCGUGCUCUUCGGAGUACUCCAUUAUUCCACGUGCGAAUUCUUGAGAGUUCCUUGGUCGGAGAAGAAAUAAUUUGUUCCAAGUUUUAGAGAGGUGAUCGAACAGAAUAAGAUCGUCUGACGUUACUGCCGAGAUGCCGGUUAUCCGUAAGAGAAAAACGAUUUUCCGCGGAUACUGCGUAAUCGUAAAUAUUUCUCACGAGUGACAAAUAGAAAAUUCGUGAAAAACGUCGUAACAUGCGAAAAUCUUCGCAAUAACAGUCCGCGGCUUGCAAGUAAGUCUUUGGAGUGUUUUAGAUUCAAAGAACCGUGAAAAUAACAGUGUCAUUCGUCUGUAAAAUGUACGGUGAGUCUUGAAACAGAAGCGCACGUGAACUGUAAAAAUACAGUCGCAAUAAUAGUAACUUCGUGCUGCCUUACGUGACCAGACGGAACCGUGUUCGCGAAAACGAUUACGCGAAGUGCUGGUGAAAAGUACUUGUGAGACUAAAGCUCCGACUGACCGUUUGAUGUACCCUCCAUCGUGCAAUUGCAGUUUUCGGGCGGUUAAAGUGUUGUGCGAAACGCAAAGAUAACAGCUACGGUUGACAUUAGAGCGCCUUUCUCGUCGAAAUGUCUUUUGCAGGCACGGACUUUUAGUAUCAAGUGCAAUCGCGAUUACCUGUUCAACUUUUUAUCGCGCGUUUUAUCAACGUAAUUAGUCGCUCUUUCAGAACGGAAUAUAUCGGGAUAAAAUUACGUGUUGUAUCUAAAUUGUUAUUACGAGUAUGUAUAUGAGGAACGUCACGAAGUUACGCAAUUAGACGAAUAAGAAUAUCAUGAAUAUAGUAAAAGUAAAACGGGGAUUACAUUGCGCAAUUAAUGUUAAAAUACGGUAAGAUAAAAGAGAAAGUUAUAAAAUAUCGUCCAAAUUACGGUAUUACGCUCUGCGUGUUUCGGAAUUUUAUAAAAUAAAAUUGCAAUUGAAAAUAAAAAAAGAAAAGAAAUAUUUUGAAAUUAAAAUUUUCCUCCCUUUUUCUUCGAUCGAUAGUCGUCAAGAUAAAAUCAUAAUAUACGCGAUAUGCGCGAUCGGCUAUAACAAUAUUGACAUUGUCAACGAAUGAAACUUCUCUUCUCGCCAUCGUCGAUUACACGCUUUUCGGCGUACGCGAAAAGCUGCCGCCGCGGACGAGAAAGUGUUGACAGUGCGUUCUAUUAAUUUUCCAUCACGACGUAAAGUUUCCCGUGAGUUCAGGCCGAAAUUGAAGCAACAGCUGCGUGUUGUGAGAAGAUCGCGCGACAUCGCGGAGGAAAGUAAAAUAUGCAUGUGGGUAAAAGUGUCCGUCGUAAGCUCGACAAAAGCGUCACGGAAUUCCUUUAAUAAAUCGCUAUUGUCCUCGCGCGAAACAUCGUAUCAUGUGUCUUCAAGCGAAGAACUAUUAGAUACUCUUGAGUAUCGAAGAUUGUUGCGACUCUCAAGAUCGUCGCCUCGGGAAUCGAUCGCUCUCGUAAGAGAUCGAAGAGUGUCGAGCAAAAGCUGUGCUGAAAGUGGUUGGAUACUUCGUAGCGAGUGCUCUAAGGGGUUGUCCCUUUUUAGUUGCGUUCUCGUCCACCCGACUCCAUUCCGUGCCAUUGUCUUCCGAUUGUUCGAUUCGGUGUUCCUCCGUGAAAAGCGAUUUCCUCGAUCGUGUGCACUUCAGAGAGAAGAGGAGCGCGACUUCUUCGAAGAAUUUCCAUGGAAUAGCUAUUCACGAUGACCAGUAUGAAGUUUUUUCGCGUCAUCCUAGCGCUCCUGGGAGGCUCGCAGGCUUUGUACGCACAACCAUCGGCGUCUCCAACUGUGAAAACCGGUGGUUCUAGUAUCGCCAGCGUAGUAGCAGGUAGCAAGCCGACGAGAUCCUGGGACAAACCUCAAUUCGACGAUAUUGCACCGCGAAAUAUCACUGCCAUCGUCGGUCAGACGGCGGAGCUGAAUUGUUAUGUCAAGCAUCCGGGCGACCGUGUGAUCUCUUGGAUACGUAAGAGGGAUUUGCAUAUCCUGACGUCAUCGAUCCUCGCUUACACGGGGGACGCAAGAUUUUCCGUUAAGCAUCCCGAAUCAUCCGACGAAUGGACGCUGAGGAUCGAGUACAUUCAACCACGGGACGCUGGGAUUUAUGAAUGCCAGGUUAACACCGAGCCCAAAAUGAACUUAGCCUUCGUGUUAAAAGUCGAAGAAAGUGCCCCUGUCCCUGCCAUCACCACACCAAACGCCAUUCACCGGACGUUCAACUCAGCUGCUCAGGCGACGAUCCUGGGACCGGAAGACGUCUACGUGAAGAAGGGUAGCACGAUAAGCCUCACGUGCGAAGUGAAUGUGCGAAGUACACCUCCUAGUAGCGUUACUUGGUAUCAAGGAGGAGCCGUGCUAGAUUUUGACAGUCCCAGGGGCGGCAUUUCCCUGGAGACGGAGAAAACGGAUACCGGGACGACAAGCAGACUACUGGUGACACAAGCCAGAUUGACCGACAGCGGAAAUUACACCUGCGUCCCUAGCAACGCGAAUCCAGCGAGCGUAAUGGUCCACGUGCUGAAUGGUGAACAUCCGGCGGCUAUGCAGCAUGGUGGAAGCUGCGGCAUGGCUCCGACCAUUCUACUCGCCAGCAUCACCCUCAUAAUUGCGAACCUGUUAAGGUGAGCAGCCGCGUCGUGAAUCGCGCAUCUUAAAAACAAAAAGAAAGAAAGUGAAACAUGUCAAAAGUCAGGAGAGACAAUGUCCAAAGUGAACGCAGCAAUCGACGGUCGCGGAACGGUGCACGUUCGGAAAAAUCGUCCGGUCGACCGCGAUAGAUCACUUUAGUUUACGCUUCGCUGUCACACGCUGCGUAUAUUCGUUCGUCGAGUGCUCGGAAGCCACGACAAGAGAAUCACAGUAUGGACCGAAGUGCAGUGGACCAAAGCUCUGUGAAGGACGCAGUGAUGUGGCGGACGAUCUUUAGCACGUACGUUUUUAACACGAAAAUCUUUCACAGACUCUCCAUUCUUUUGUAUAAAAUCGUGUUAAAUGUAUCAUGGCAAAAAUGCCGAAUCAGUCUCAACAUCCCUAGUAGUAUGAUUGAGUGUUCGCCAAAAGAACUUUCUUGCACUUGUGCUUUUUGUAUAACUAAAUCGGCAUAUUGUCCGUGCCUCAACGAAUAUACGUGAACUGUCUAACGAUGAAACUGCUCAUCUCGUCAUUUCGUUGCGAGAACUCUAUUAGAAUUUGUAUUUUAACUAAUUUAAUAAUGGCCUCGUAGUAUUCUACGUCAACCGAUAGAACGACGCCGUAUUUGGAAAGAUCGGAUUGAUUGCAUGAUCUGUUACAACUGCCAAUGCUUUCGAACAGAAUAUCGAUGGCUGGAUCCGUUCGAUGGCUAUGAAAUAAUUAUUACACGAAUCGGAAUUUAUAAUCUAACAAUUAUUAUCAACUAGUUGAGUAAUAAUUAUCAUUAAUUAAGGCUCUUGUACAUAUGAUAAAACGAGUAAUGAGCAGGUAGAAUUUGCCGUGACCUUGUACAGUACAAUGUACGUGCGAAAAUUGCCACGUGACCGAUAAUUGUUUCUCGUCCUUCGAUCUGGGCAGUAUUGUGUAUAUAGCUUAUAUCAUUGGUUACGAUAUAAUUGUAUGGUACACAUACAAUCGUAUAUUUGCAAAUAUUCUAACUAAACCUUGUGCCUCGGGCACAAUUCAGUAUCUCGAACGUGCCAGAUAUUUUUUAUAUAUUUCUUGAGUUAUAUACGCUAUAAUAAUAACUUUGCCCAGAUUUGAUUUAUUCAGUUUCUGUUAAAUGUAUAAUGUUAAUUAAUAAGAUUGCAUAAGGGAUUGAUUGCUAAAGAGAGAAUAAUGCGAUGAUUGUUUCUCAAAAGACUGUGAGAAUAUCAAUAUCUUAUUGCAAAAAUUUUUUGCAUCAAAUUAUAGGUAAAAUCCAAAU